AUGCAGAUAUAUUCACAAUCUUCUAAUAUGUUAUUUUUAAUAUCAGCUUUAGUUCUGGAAAUUCAUUUCAAUUAUGCAACAGCUUUGCCACCAAGGCGAGUGAAUCUGUAUAAAUGGUUGGCGCAUAAUAGCUAUAUUUGUGAUCCCACACUGCUUAACAAACGAUCCUAUCGAUUCCUAGUACCCAGAGAAUCUCUGAGAUCCCGAUGUUCCUGUGGUGACCCAUUGCUAACAAAGUCUGCAUGUGGGAAGAGAUUUGGAACAAGAAACAAGACACAAUGCUUUCGAAUACCCGAGUCGUGCCUCCAAGAAUAUAAUGUCAUUUUUGAAAAUGGAGGAAACCGAUUACCCAGACCACUAUCUCGUAACCAUUCCAUGGCUUCCAAGAAACCUAUAAGUUUUCCAAAUCGGAAACCAUCAGUGGCUAAAAGAUUACUUGUCAAGAAACGGCUGCUUCGAGUGCAAAAAAUUGUAUCCACUAUACCGGUGACCACAGUUUUACAAGUUCGGAAAUUGAAAAGAUUAUCUGGAUGA